AUGGUUAAUUUUUUUGGGCCUCCGAAGACGCAGAGUUACUAUAAUCCACAUUCGCAGAUACGGUCACAUCCCGUUUUACGACACGGUAAGGAUAAAGAAUUAGAAAAAGAAGAAGAACAUGAAAAGAGCGAUGGAAAUACAGAAUCAGAUUCGAAGGAACAAAAAGACGAAUCGCCAGAUGUACAUAAGAAGAAAGGACAUGGACAUAAAAAAGGAAAGGAUGCGCCAGAAACAGAAACAGAAGUUAAUACUAGACUAAAUGCGUUACUUUAUCAUACAAGCAAUGAGACAGUGGAUCUAUAUAAACUGGAGAAUAAUUCUUCUGAUUUAUUGGGAAGAUUGUAUUACGAUGAUUACGAUUCAGACGCAUUGAGUUCUCCAGAUCCUUCGAGUCCGUUGGUAUCACCAAGUGGGAGCUACACGCAUACAUCAGAUUACUUCAAUUCUAGGCUAGGUCAUAAUUCGGCGACAUCACCAAGUAUUGGGUCUACGCUAGCAUCUCUGUCACCUUCACCGAGCAUUGGAGCAACGCUUAUGGGUUCACAGUCGUCGUCAGCAUUGGGCUCAUUAGCGACCCCUGGAUCUAGGGUUAGACCAGAGAUGAAAAGAAUUAAGUCAUUUGAAAGAGGAAUCUCCUUCGAUACUUCUACGGAUAAUCAUAGAAAAUCGCUAACCUUUAAGGUUAAACAUCCACAUUUCAGAUUUAGAAGAAAUAACAAGACAUUUUUGGCGGGGUUUAACAAUGGCUUAGAAUCUUUAAAGGCAAUUGAGUGGUUAUUUGAUGAGAUGAUUGUUCAUGGCGAUACGGUAAUCAUUUUGCAAGUUCUUGAUGAGAAGCAACAUGAAUCCAUUGAUAAACGACAAGCAAAUAAGGCACUUAACAAAAUUGAACUUUUAAAUACGCAUUUCAAGAAAGUAUCGUUAGUAUUUGAAGUAGUUAUCGGUAAACCACAGAAGUUACUUAAAAAGGCUAUAGAUGAGUACAGUCCGGCAAUGAUGAUUAUAGGAACCCGACACUAUGGGGAUAAGGCUAAUUCUGGCCACUCCAAACUUUUCUCAUCCAAGUCUUCGAUGUCUAAGCACUUUUUAGAAUGUGCAUUAGUGCCAGUAAUUAUAGUUAAACCAACAUACAAUUACGUCGAAUUGCUUCAACAACCUAUAGAGUCCGAACUGUACUUCCAAGAUUGGCUUAGUGAGAUUGAUAUAAGCGGGACCUAUACAAAAGACAAGCACAAACGUAAAACAAAAUUAAACUUUGUCACUUCGUUAAGUCCGUCAUCCUCGCGAUCUAGUUCCUAUACUGAUAUGUCUUCAUUAUCUCAAGCUGAUAGAGGCAGAACCACGACAUCUACAAAGGAAAACCAGCCCUUUAAAAAGGAUGUAGAAGAUAGAGGAAGACCGCUGAUUCCUUCUGACAAAGAAGGGUUACCCAAGUUCCUAUUGAGCGAAUCAAGAUCCAGAUCUAGAUCCAGAUCCAAAUCAAGAGACUUCUCGAGGAUAUUCGGACGUCAUCAUUAA